GGCGGAGGCACGCGCGAAGGAAGAGCCCAACGACCAUCCCGGCGAGAGUGAGAGCGACCGCCCGAGUGGCCGUAGCGUAAAGUAGGCCCGUAUAAAGCAGGACACACUUUCCCGAGCGCAGUAACUAUGUGGGCCUUGUGGGGAGUGACGACCGCAGCUGUCCUGGCCUACGCCGGGGCAGCCAUCAUCAAGGGCGACAUCGAAGUCCCCACCUAUACUGAGCCAUGCUACAGAAACAAACCCGAAUUCAACGAUUGCGUCAAGCGAGCACUACAAGGAAUCAUACCCAAACUUGCCAAAGUGGGUAUACCUGAACUGGAAUUGGAAAGCAUAGACCCGUUGAGAGUGGCUGAAAUGGCGAUGGCUUACGACGCCAAUGUGAUCGCUGGCAAGGUCAUUCUCAAGGACACGGUUACUAGAGGCAUUGGAAAACUAAAGAUCAUGGCUGUCAGAUCAGUAGCUAACGACCCCACGCGAUUCAUGAUGGAGAUCGACUUUUACAUCCCCAAGAUGGUGACUGGAGGAUUCUACUCCAUGCAAGGACACGUCGGUGAUAUACCCAUCUCCGGAGGAGACACCUACAACAUCACCAUGGGUGGAGUAAGUGGCACCUGGAGACUGACGGGGUCUCCUCUCGCAGAAGAUGGCCAGACAUUUAUGAGGAUUGACAAAUUCGAGGUGAUUCCUGAAGUUCAAGCACUAAAGGUUCACGCCAACAAUCUGUUCAAAGGAAACCCUGAACUGAGUACAGUCACCAUUGCGUUUGUGAACCGCUUCUGGCGAGAACUCUAUGAGGAGAUGUUGCCAUACGCCCAGGAAAGUUUUGAUAAGACCGUGCGGCAGAUCCUCAACAAGAUCUUCCUCAAGAUACCCUACGACCAGCUGUUCCCGCUGGCUCAGCAGUAGAGCGUCUGCGUCUGCGUCUGGUGUCUGGGGUGUUCAUGGCGGCACUUCCUAUACUGACUUCUGGAGUUUAGGAUUGGGAUAAAACCAAAUUUGUUACCUUACAUUUUCACUGUGUUUGUUUUAAACAAUUAAAAGUUUUGGAGUUGGUUUGAAAAGUUUGAGGAAGCUCAGAAUAAACUCGUAAGCUAUUCGGCGUUGUAUCCGGUGACAGUGUUGGACAACAUACCGCAAAUUAUAGCCUAUACUUCAUGACUUUUUCGAGAAAAUGUUAUUUAUUAUUGUAUUUAUUGAACGUAGAGAGAAGUUUAAGUGUAAUAUCUACAAAAAGGGCCAUGAUUCUGUCAAAGUUUGGUUUGUUUCCAUACAUGCUUUGUGUGGUAUUUUGUAAAAAUAUAUCAUUUUUGUGAUAUUUUUAGCACAUAA